AUGGCGUCUCGGUAUGACAGAGCAAUAACUGUCUUCUCCCCAGAUGGACACCUUUUUCAGGUGGAAUAUGCGCAGGAAGCGGUGAAAAAAGGAUCCACUGCGGUUGGAAUUCGAGGUACCAACAUAGUUGUGCUUGGGGUAGAAAAAAAAUCUGUUGCGAAGCUUCAGGAUGAAAGAACUGUAAGGAAGAUUUGUGCCCUUGAUGACCACGUCUGCAUGGCUUUCGCAGGGAAAGUUCUAAUUGAUAUUAGAGAAUAUUGGAUGGAUCCAGAAGGUGAAAUGAAACCACGAAGAAAAGGUAUUUCUUUAAAUCCGGAGCAGUGGAGCCAGCUGAAGGAACAGAUUUCUGACAUUGAUGAUGCAAAAUAUACCCAGAGCAAUGGACGAAGACCUUUUGGUAUUUCCGCCUUAAUUGUAGGUUUUGAUGAUGAUGGUAUUCCAAGAUUAUAUCAGACAGAUCCUUCUGGUACUUACCAUGCUUGGAAGGCCAAUGCAAUAGGCCGAAGUGCUAAAACUGUUCGAGAAUUUCUGGAAAAGAAUUACACAGAAGAUGCGAUAGCAGAUGACAAUGAAGCUAUCAAAUUAGCAAUAAGAGCUUUGCUAGAAGUUGUCCAGUCUGGUGGAAAAAACAUUGAACUUGCUAUAAUAAGAAGAAAUCAACCUUUGAAGAUGUUUAGCGCUAAAGAAAUUGAAUUACAAGUAACUAAAAUAGAAAAGGAAAAGGAAGAAGCAGAGAGGAAAAAAUCAAAGAAGUCUAUCUAA